AUGGCCACCCCGUACACCCCGCUGCUGGAUGCGCACGGCCAGGCCAGUCCUGACUCCGGACAGAGCGAACAUGACGCUGACGACAAGGACGGCCUACCCGAAGCCACCUCUCGAGACAGGUACUCCGGCUCCUCUGCGACCGAGGCUGCAGCAGCGGCUGCUGCUGUGGCAACAAGCAGACCUGUCGGAGAAGUAGUAGAUUCCGACACACCAGGCACAGGUGCAGGUGCAGGUACAGCCCCAAGUCCAAAGAAACACAACAAGCAGAAAGACCUCGUCUUCUAUGACCACGGAACAACGCAGGAGAAAAAAACGCACUCCACCAAGACGCCAAAGGCCCCGACCCGCCGCAGGGGGCCAGGACGUCCACCAGGAAGUCGAAACAGGGCGACCAUCGCACGAAUGAAGGCCGAACAGGAAGCUAUCGAGCUUUUCCGCAAGUCGAACCCUGACAUGCCCUCCUACACACUACACUCAGCCCCCGGCGAUGCUCCCACGACUGUCUCUGGGAAGGAACAUUCGGAACAACCAUUGGCAGUUUAUACGAGCACCCCAGCUACGUACUCAAACCCUAAUGCACACCAUGUGCCGAAUCAACCCCCUAAGAGCUCCAUCGAUGCGCACUGGUCCAAGUACCCCGAGUGGGACCCUCCUCCAGCAGAACAGCAGCAACUUUCUCAACAGUACCGUCACUCGCAUCCUCCUGCUCUCACAAACGAGCACUACUCGCAACUGCAAUUACAGCCUCAGCCUGAAGGGAAACCUCUGCAACAGCCUCAACCAAAUCAACUACCACAACAGCAGCCACAACAGCAGCCACAACAAUCACAACAACCGCAACAAGCAUUACCACAACAACCAUUGCCUCAGAUCAGGUAUCCAAUAAUCCAACCUCGUUCUACACACUCAUCAAUAUCAGGUCCUUCUUUUCAUCAUCCUCCACCACACCCUUCGCUCGCUGCUCAUCAACCACACUAUCAACCAUCUUUGGGCUACAGCUUUUCGUCGGAAAACCUUACUUCUCAGCCUCUUGUCCACCACGUGUCGUACCCUCCAGGGAGCUCUCAAGUUACCUCCUCCAUGCAACCUUUUUUCAAGAAUGAUGGCUACCACCCUGCAACAGAUCCAGGAAGCCACUUUUCUCAUCAGAACACGACUCCGAGAAACAGUAUCUCAUUGAGUUCGUCCUCCCACGUUGCAACCACAGGCUACCCAGAUACCACAGUGUUCCACCGGCCAAGAAAUUCUGUAACCUCCAACACGAAAACGCUGAGUCCAGGCUCAACUUCUGCCAAACUCUCCCAUCAUCAUCCCAGUUCGAGUUUUUUGGCCAACAGGCAAUCAUUUGGCUACCAUCAUCUCCUGGUGUAUCCGCAUCAGGUUAACCCCGAUGAUUUUGAAAGGACUAGCAACUCAUCGAAUACGCUCAAGAAUAAUGAUGAAGCCGACGAAAUUCAAGUCAAACUCGAAAAGGAUACUGAAACCCUGGAAAUUGCAAGACUUUCUCCUCAAUAUGGCCGAUUAAAUUCACGCUAUGAUCCUCUAGACAAAACCAAACCUGCAGACCAUAGUCCUGGCAGCGCAAAAGAGGAAAACUCCGAGAAAUACUCAAACAUCGGUGAGAUUCAAGCUAGAACUCGAAACGUGAGCAUAGAUGCUGGUACCGGUACCAGCAUGACAGCAAAUAGAAGUGAUACCUCUCGCAACCCUACAGAAACCGCUUACUUACACAGACCAUACACUAAGAGAAUAGAGCUUAGUGAACAAGAGACAAAAACAGAUAGAGAAAGACCCGCCAUCUCGUACGAUAGCAAACCACCAUUUCCGCAUUACAGCCCUGCAGUUGCAAAUAAUGGAAACAUAGGCAUGUACUAUAAUGUCAGCAACAUGACUUCGCCUUCUUCGGCCAAUUCUUGGACAGCCAAUCCUUACUCCUCAUUUCCACCACCAGGAUUUUUUUCAACUGGCAGUUCUUACAGUAUGCCUCAACAGCAACAGCAACAGCAGCAACAGCAACAGCAAUUGCCUCAGCAGCAACAGCAGCAGCAACAGCAACAUUAUCCACCACAGCAACAUCAUCAACACCAAAUUCAAUCUCAGCAACAACCACAACAAACACAACAACAGCAACAGCAUCAACCGCAGCAUCAACCGCAGUCACAAUCACAACAGCAGCAACAGCAACAGCAGCUUCAUUCGGCACCAUCCCCAGCGGUAACUUCAAAUGUUUAUUCUAAUGCUAGUACUAUGAAUGUUUACGUUCCUCCAACCGGAGUGAUUUCAGGAGCACCAUCUUCUUCCAUACAACAUCCUGCAUCUUUUCCUGCUGAACCCAGUACGGCUGUAAGUGGAGGCUAUUAUCAUGCACAUGGCUACAUGGGUAAUACAAUUCCAAGUCGGUCGGUUGCUGGUGCCUAUCCAGCUGUUGUAGGAAUGGGUAAUACAAUGGUUGGAAGUGAUCCGUAUAACCCAGUCUUGCGAAGAGAUAGUUUUGCUGCUGCUGCUAAUAAUUCUGUUGGUCCUACUCCUGCUCCCGCAUCUGUCACCGCUGGAAACGGUUGUGGACCAAUGAUGUGGCCAGUUGGAAAUACUGUUUCUAAUUCAAAUGAGAGCUAUAACGCUAAUGAAAAUGUUGACACGUACACUGAUGGCCACGAGCCGAAAAGCUGGUUCUAA